AUGUUUGAAUUCGCCCAAAGAGUUAGGCGGAAAUUACAGAAGCGAGGCGAAGAGUUGAUUAGCGGAGUCGAAAAAUGGGGUUUUAAGGUACGGUUGCACAAUAGGACACCUUCAAUUGAUAUAUUGUCUGAAUGUCUCAUUCAUAAAAUACUCUGUUGUCUUAGUUUUAAAGAAGCAACGCGGAUGAGCAUUCUUUCCAAAACAUGGUUGCAAGCCUGGUCGAAUCUUCCAAACUUGGAUUUCACAGUUGAUUUUUCUAAAUGCAAGGAUAUGAAAAUAGUGGAUGAUACCCUGGGGAGAUAUAGGGACGGAAAAAUCCCUAUAGAAAAGUUUGAAUUAUUAGAUGAUUGUUUGAUAAUGUUUCUAAACUCUUUUGAAGUUUUAGAUUUCCCUAUGAUUGAUAAGUGGCGUGGCAUUGUACUAACAAAUGGUGUAAAAGACCUUACCAUAUCAUCAUACCCCUUGUUUAUUUUCGCAAUCUUGGCGGUAAAAUCUGUGAGAAAAUUGGUUCUGAAAUAUUGUAUUCUUUUGCCUAGUGUUGUUGUGAAUUACAAUUCUUUGAGAAAACUUUCUCUAUCUUAUGUAAGAUUAGUAGACGAAAACAUGCUUCAGACUCUACUUAAUAGCUGUCUGUUGAUUGAAUCUUUCACCUUUGAGUGUUGCAAGGGCUUGGAAACAAUGAAUCCUCAAAAGAUUAAGUCGGUUUCCCUGAAGUUCUUGAAGAUUCGGCAUUGUGGGGUAAUAUGGGAGGUUGAUGCUCCAAACUUGGUAUCACUUAAGUUAACCUGGGAAGACAUUCCUCAAAUUAAAAUUGUGAGAGAAUCAAGACGACUGAAGUACUCAAGAAUCAUUCUUGAAUGCUUAGACAGUGACAAUGUAAAUGCUGCAUGGUUUUGUAAGUUGAGGAAGUUUCUAUCAAAUUCGAUCUCUUGGUCUGACGUUUGGAUUGAUUCUUACGAAUGCAAUAACAUCAACAUUCAAAAUUUGCAACUAGACCAUAAAGAUUCUAACCCCCAUGUGGAUGUUUUAAAUGUCACCAUUAUAUGGAAGGACGGGGAGAGCCCAACGUUUGUGGAUGCUUUGGUAUGGAGUUGUCAGCCUAGGAGACUCAACGUGUAUUCAACAAGAGAAAAUAUUACAUUUUUCAUUGAUCAUUUGAUGUAUAUGAAGAAUUUGAGUCAGUCUACUUCUCAUGAAAGCAUGCCUCAACUCAGUCAAUUAAAAGACGUAAAAGCCUACAAAUUUGAUCCUAGAUACUAUAAGGAGGAGAGUUGGCAUCCUGUGGAACACAAAAGUGGGGAGCUGGCAACAACGAACUCUGAAAAGUGGGAAUGGUGUUAUUUUUUAUUAGAUUGGUGA